AAGAGUCUAUUGUUAGAAGUUCGAUAAGAAUUGCAUGUUAAUCGCGUUAACUGUUUGGCAGUUCUAGCGUCAGCGUGCAAAUUGAACGAACAAUCGAAUGUAGAAGCAGCUUCAAAGUUUCUUUUCGAAGAGGAAUUAGAAAGUCUAAUUAACUGAUAUAACUUAAACCAAUACUCGCUAUUUAAAAGUUUAAAGUGUCCUGCAUGUACAGAACAAUGUGCUGAGUGGUUAAUGAAAAUAUUUUUCAAAGCUUCGCGGCGUGUUUCCCGUUUUCUUCUUUGUUUUCCGACGAAAGUAAAACAGGGGAUGAAGAAGCGGACGCCAAGGUCGGCGUCGGAAAUUCUCGAACGCGUCUCGCGAUCAAUCCCCGCAGAAUUAUCUCUGUUUCGCUAGACUGCAUUCUCGACUUACGAUCGCGGAACGUGUGUCUAAGGUGGAGCGGACCACCUGCCAGAUAAACGUAAGGAAGCGGCGGAAGAAAAGUAGAGAUAUAAGGGAGGAAAGUAUAAAAAUCUCGAGGCGAAUUCUUGCUUUCUGUUAUCUUGAGGAAGCAGAAACUGCCGCGACGCUCGGCGUUUGAAGCGAAUUGAUGAACGAACCGGGACACGUUCCAGGGGAGGAUCAAUCCCAGGACAUCAUGAAGCAGCGAGUCCUACUGGCCCUCGCCAAUUUGAUCACUUCUUAUGCGUCCUUCCUAGCAGCCACAGGGGCAAAAACCUCCACAAGACAGAGAACGCAAAGCAACAAUCACAGCAACAUCAGCGAACUGCUGGACAAUCUGCUUCGCGGUUACGACAACAGCGUCAGGCCAGACUUCGGUGGACCACCGGCCACCGUUGAGGUCGACAUCAUGGUGCGCAGCAUGGGUCCGAUCUCAGAAGUCGAUAUGACUUACUCGAUGGACUGCUACUUCCGUCAGUCUUGGGUGGACAGACGUCUGGCCUUUCAAGGCGGCAAGGAGACGCUCGCGCUCAGCAUAUCGAUGCUGGCCAGGAUCUGGAAACCGGAUACGUACUUCUAUAACGGCAAGCACAGCUACCUGCACACCAUAACCAGUCCCAAUAAAUUCGUCAGGCUCUAUCAGGAUGGCAGGGUCCUCUACAGUUCUAGGCUUACCAUCAAGGCUGGAUGUCCGAUGAACCUUGAAAACUUCCCGAUGGACACGCAGAGGUGCCCGUUACAAUUCGGCAGCUUCGGUUACACGAAGCGGGACGUGAUCUACAAAUGGAACAGCGCGCGACAAGUAGCAAUCGCGGAGGACAUGAAAUUAUCCCAAUUCGAUUUAGUUGCCAAUCCGACUGCGAAUUAUUCUGCAUCGCCGACCCUUCCUCAAGCCGACUACUCGAUGCUGCUGGUGUAUUUUCACCUGCAAAGGCACAUGGGUAAUUUCCUUAUACAAGUGUACGGGCCGUGCGUUUUGCUGGUGGUCCUCUCGUGGGUGUCGUUUUGGCUGAACCGGGAAGCCACCGCCGAUCGCGUGUCGCUCGGAAUAACGACCGUGUUGACGAUGACAUUUUUGGGAUUGGAGGCACGAACCGAUCUGCCGAAAGUUCCUUACCCCACUGCCCUAGAUUUCUUCGUUUUCCUUUCGUUCGCUUUCAUAUUCGCCACUAUUAUACAAUUCGCGGUGGUCCAUUACUUUACGAAGUACGGCUCCGGAGAGUGUUAUUUCAGCUCCGAUCUAAUCGAAAGCGAGAGUUCCAGCGAGGAGGAGGAGGAGGAGGAGGAAGAGGAAGAUGCGCAACCACUUGGGAAGGAACAGUUGCAGGCGUCGCAGGUCCACGCGAAAGGUUCGAGCAACUCGGCGGGCAGAGUGCAUCCGAAUCGAAACUUCACGAUGAACGAGGACGGUAUGAUCGAGGUGAUACCUCUGUCAGCGAUCCCGCAUCCGAACAGGGACGCGGGGGUCGGCAAUUGGCAGAUGUCCUGCGUGGCGUGCAGCCCGCCGCCGAGGCCGCCGCCACCCGCCCGGAAGACUUCCGGCAGAAGACGACGCAGGAGGACGCCGAGGUACAACUCGGUCUCGAAGAUCGACCGCGCGAGCCGCGUCGUCUUCCCCCUGUUCUUCUUGGCGAUCAACGUCUUCUACUGGUGCGCCUAUCUGUCGCGGAGCGAACGCAUAAACUAUUACAACGCGAACUCGAACGGCUCGUGAGACUAGCAGUGAUCGAACGGGAACGGCAAGCGUUCGGUUUCCGCCGGGAGGGGAACGUCCGUCGUCGGGGUCGACCAAUCUACAGUACUUUAAGCGAGCAUGUAUAUACGUAAUCCGAAUUAUUCCAUCAGCACGCCGGGAGAACGACGAACGCGGGGGAUGAUAUCUUAUGCGAGGACGAGCGUGGAAGGUAACGAUGCAACGAGGCAAAUCCAGAAGCUUCUUCCGCCGAUCCAGUUAAGAAAACUUCUUGGAAUUUAACCCCUUGGCGUACUGUUUAGUUUCGAUACUAACACUAGAUUGUUUUGUUUAGCAAUUAUUGGUAUCUUCGAAGCAUUGAAAUGAUUUUGAAAAUAGUUUCAUUUGAGUAUAAUGAAUGUUUGGAGAAAUUGAAAAUAAUCUAUUACAAUCUUUAUGGGAAUUGCAUAUUAAUCGUAUUAAAUGCUCGCUAGUUCUAGUGCUGAACUCGAGUACUUUACUAUCGACAGUUUCGAACGCAAAAUUGUCUGCUCGAAGUGGAAAUUUCAUUUGAAGAUUGAUGAUGAAAUAGUUGUUCGCUUCCGUGGGUAAUAACAUUAAUCGUUAAAUUGAUUUCGAAAUAUUCGUCAUUAUCUCGUUCAUCAUUGUACGGCAAGGGGUUAAGCGAUUUGAAGAAUCGCUGAAUCGUGAAACUUGACAGGGUCUAGCGACAUUUAAUAGUGAGAGCUAAGGAUUGGUGUCCAUCUGUGUCAGUCUGUGGAAUGGAUAGAGUAUGGAUGUAGUUCGAAGCGUGUCACGAGGACAAUGAGGGCCGAUUGAUAAUGAUCAAGGGAUUUUAUGAGAAAGUUACAUGUUGUCGAGCAAGUUGACUGUAGAAUGUAGAUUGUGGAUGUUUCACGCUGGCCGAGGUGUCAGUUCCUUACUGCCAUGGUCUUCUUUAUUGUCCGCCGGAACCUAAACCUCGGUGAACCCCUAUUUCCGGUUCUGUCUUGUUCAUCUCGCUGUAUCGUUGCCAUCUAACGAGUUUAUCCGAUAAGGGCGCAAGAGGUGGAAUUUUUACCCAGAUCGUGGUACUGUAAACAUUCUGAAUACUUUUUCGGAAGAUUACCUGCGUUCUAUUCGGUAUUCGAUGAUAAUUUAUGAAAAAUUUUUACUAAGCUUCCAUUGAAAAGAGGUUGUUUAACCAGUUAAGUGUGGAAUCUAGUUUGAAAAAUCUCUCAUUGCGCGCAAUAAAGUCAAAUAAUGAAGUGUGUACUCGUUAAAUGCAGGCCAAAUUAGUUCUAGUGUUAAGUGAAAUUAAGAUUGCAGGAGAAUGAUCUGAAAUGAAUUUUUCAGUGACUUCAUUUGAUUGAAUAAUUUCGAAAUUACUGAUCACGCUCUUACUAAACGAACUGUAUUUGGAAUUGUAUAGUGUCAGUGUAAAUGGGAUAAUUGUAAUGAUUGUCAAAGGAAUUUUGCACUUUGAAAUUUGUCGAGUAACAUGUCGAUGGAGAGUUUUAUGGGAGAAAUGUAACUGCGUUAAAACGGGCAUUGUUAAGAAACAUAACAUUUAUUGUUACAGUCAUUUCUGUUAAACGAAAUGAUGUCCAAGCCUGUUCUAUUUAUUUCCACGCGAAAUAUUCGUGACUGUUUGAAAGUAUUAUAUUAGGGUACACGAGCGUCGACUGCUGUUCUUAAGUUAUUAUUCUGUGAUUAAUAUCAUUAAGGUAGUUGAUUCCAUAGUUUUGGUUAAUUAGGUCUUCCUGGCAUUAGUAUCAUCCCUCGCUAUGUAAAUACAGUGUUCAAGUUAGUCGACUAUUUUUCAAAUGAAUUCGAUUUCAAUGUUUUCUUGGAGCAUUCUGUUGUAACGAGCUUUGAGUAAAAGAUCAAACGGUUGCGUUCUGUCGAGCGUUGUUACGAGAGAUUGGAUAUAUUUCGAAAAUUCAACGCUCCCCACGUGUGUGCUUGUGAAAGAUGUUUAAAGUACAAAUGAUGUAAUGUGUAUGAUAAAAAUAUUAUUAGCCGUUUUAACACUAGUAGGACCAACGUUAUCGUUUACAUCAUUUCGGGAAGUAUUUAAAUCGUUUUAUCUUACGCGAUUAUGUAUGAAUAAAUAUUUAUUUUCGGUUCAGUUCAUGAAAUUCUUUGAGAAGAAAUAAAUACGGCUAAGAAAGUCUACAAUAAUAUCAUACGUUCUCAAGAACGAAAAUAAUAAAGUUACAGAUAGAACAUUCCGAACCGAUCGUCCUCCUAGAGUUAAAUCCAUGUUUAAUUGAAACACGAAUAAAUGAAAGAUAUUCAAUGACGAGAAAAGAAUGUAAUUAUAUUUCGAUGAAAGUCAUCAGCGAAAGGUGCGGAAUAUGUUUUAAUCUAUAGUGAAGUAAUUAGCAAAUUACCGAUAGAAGGUAAUGCGUAUUAGGUGCGACAAUAAAAAUCAAUUGCAAAAACAAAACUUUGUUAUUUAUUGUUGCACGUGAACAUGUGUGUAACGUGCAUUCAGAAAAAGAUAAUGAAAUCCUCGUGUCAUUUAUACAUUUAACGAAAUUAUUUUGUUUCCUUUCGUUUUUGCAUUGCAAACAAUAUUGAAUGGAUCAUAUUUAUCUUUAUUGACCUAAACAUUGAUUUAUAUCGUGAAUUACAUCAUGUUUAUUAGUGUACAAUGUCGUCAGAAUACUAUAACACUUAUUCGCAUAAGGUGUCCAUAUAAUAAGUUUAGUUUUAACAACAGACAAUCAUGUACAGCUACUCUUUGGCAAAUCUUUAUAACUUUCACAUAGUAUUACAAAAAUAGAAAAGCAGAAACGUAGAGUUAAAACAUUUUUUUCGUGUAUUUGUACU